GUAGAGAAAGAUAACGCCGGGCUGGCGUCUGGGAGACGGGAAGUGAAGAGGGAAGUAGGAGGCACCGUUGAGUUCCUUGCGCGUACUGUUAUCGGAGGGGAUCGGGAAAUUAACUGAACGAGUUAGAUAUAGAAUGAUAGGACAUCACCACGGUAAUUUGUCAUAGGUUAUUCUUCCCGGAGUUUAAAGUUGGGAUUUUCAUUUCUUCAUAAAAAAACCAAAACUUCAAAGUUGAUGAAUCAAUCAAGAUCUUCCAUGAUGACCAGUGUCAUGCAGACUGCUUAACGUUUUACAUCUUGCUUUAUACGUUAAGCUUCCAUGAAGCUCAGUUGUUGCCUAUUGACUUUGAUUCUCAGUGCUAAUGUUUUUGCACUAGAAAAUGUGGCCUCCAACCUGGCAGCUGCUUCUGGGUCAAGGUUCCUUCAUUUCAACACAUCACUUCCUAUCUUACAAGCCUUCACAAAAUCGGCAGUACCCCAAGUUAUCAUAGUGAAGGAAGGCAACUGUGCUUUCAUUAAAUGUAAGCAGAACAUUAGUCAGCAUGACACUAUCCUUUGGUACAACUCAAAAGGGCAUCUACUGGAGCAAGUUGGAGGAGAUGGAAGGUGCUUGAUCUCUAACAGUUCCCUUAACAUCACAAGUGUAACCUUUGGUGACCGGGGGCGAUACAGUUGUGUUGUCGCUAAUGAAAAUGGCACUUACUCUUAUUCAGUCAUCCUCAGGGUUGUCUCCACGUCUGGCAAUAUGGGCAUUUACUACAUGAUUGUCUGCCUGGUUGCCUUUACUAUCACCCUGAUCUUAAAUAUAACACGUCUGUGCAUGAUGAGCAGCCACCUCCGCAAGACAGAGAAGGCCAUCAACGAGUUCUUCAGGACUGAAGGGGCUGAGAAACUGCAAAAGGCCUUUGAAAUUGCCAAACGCAUUCCUAUCAUUACUUCUGCCAAAACACUAGAGUUGGCCAAAGUCACUCAAUUUAAGACUAUGGAAUUUGCUCGAUACAUUGAAGAACUUGCCAGAAGUAUCCCUCUUCCACCACUAAUCCUUAACUGUAGGGCCUUUAUGGAAGAGAUCUUUGAAGCGGUGCGAGUUGAUGAUCCUGAUGAAGUUGGAGUCAAACCAGCGCAAGCUCUUGGUGCUCAAGAAGGACUCUAUCCCUUAAACGCAGAAAUCAAGCGCAGUAAUUCACCAACAGCAGAUUCAGAUGAUGGUUCUGUAAACGACCAUGGCAAAGAAAUAGCCGUUGAGGUGUCUGUCCAUCUUCAGUUAGAAGUACAAAGCAUUGAUACUGUUUCCCAUGACAGUGUUCCCUCCAUCCCAUCUGAAGAUGAUACAGGUGCUGAAUCCAAAUAGAGCAGCAAAGGCAGAUGUAUGAAAGCUGCAUCUGAAAUCAAGAAAACUUCAAGAGAAAGGGAAAAGCAAAAAAUGCAGCCAGUCCCAAAUGCACAAAACCUUGGUUUUUUAAUAUAAAAAAGCCCCCUUUAGAGGGUAUAAGGUGCCAAAAAUUCUGUAAUGUAUCUCAGUGUUCACCAGCUAGCUUGAAAAACAGCUUAGAUGAUGCUUUAAAAAAUUUUCUUGGGCCGGGUGGGGGUGAGGGAUUCCUUAUCAGAAAUUUUUAUUGUGCAUGCUACUGGAAGAAUUUUAGAGAAGGGAUACUUUCUCCUAGGUUGUGCUCUCCAGGUUAACAGCAACAAAAGAAAAAAGAAUAGAUUGACACAAACUGUUUCAUCAUGUCUGAGAGCAGGCUUUAAUUCCUGAAUAUGUCCACUGAUGAUUUUAGUGUGAUGGGAUAGUUGGCUAGACCAGGGAAGACUUCAGCUUUUAUCUGAAUUUGUAAGAAACCUUGGUAUGUUACAGCAUUUUUAUAAUAGUAUAUUACAAUUAUGAAACUAAAGGUUGGAUAGAGACUUACUCAUGCUGGGAGUAGAUAUAUUGCAAUCAGUGGAACUUAAGUUAGUCUGGACCCAUCCUUUUGUCAAUAAGUUAUGAAAUAACCAGAGCUCUCACUUUUUUAUGUUGUUCAUGUUUGCGUAUGUUGCACUCAGAUGCAAUAUUUGAACUAGAAAAUGGAAACCCAGAUACAAAUGUUGACAUCUGAGUUUCUCACAGCAGCCAAAACACUGAUCAUUUUGUUAUUUUAAACAUACUACUGCUUGCUAAGCACUUUAACAAAGGUCCUUUUUGUUCGCUUCUUUAUUGAGUGAAGCUCAAGAUGUCAACAUUUCAAGUAUUUUCUCUGCCAUUGCACUGCUGAAAUGCCAGUGUGUUCUGGUGCCAUCAAUAUUGCUAUGAGGAAAGCAAAUACAGGUUAAAUGAUGAGCAAUGAUCUUGUGGAAGAGUCUGCAAUAAACUCACACAUUAAAAAGAAAAAGCAAGUAUCUUAGGUUUCUCAGGCAGUUGUUUCUAAACAAUAUUAAGAGGCAAAUGUCUAGGGCCAGAAUCCUAGAAACUAGUCAACCCCCAGCAGGUGUGUGUGAUGCUCUCCUAAUGUACAUGUGUUUGAUGAAAAGCAGCCACAGGUGGUUGCCAUCUUGCGUGGAAUAUGAUUGCAUUGGAGGAGAUGUGCAGGUGAAUAAGGAGGUUGUGGCUGGCUGUUGCAUGCAUAUAUGCUGUGUAAAAUCUAAUUUGGCAGUUAAGUAAAAUACAAGUGUGACAAAGGGCAAAUGGUUACCACACUGAGUGACUUCUCUCCAAUGCUGAUGUGUGGCUAGCUCUGCAUGUGCAGCAGAGGGUAUUAUUACUUCAGACUAAAGAUGGGGCGUACUACAUUUGAAAUCUCCCCCACCUUAAAAAAAAAGAAAACAUCAGGAAGAGAGAUUGUAGCCUCACCCAUUGCUGGAUAUUCUGGUUUUUUGUUUGCAUAGUUUGUAGCAUAGGGAAAUCUUCCAAAAUAAGGUUCCUCCACUUAUAAUCCAGAUGGUGCAGUCCACUCUACAACCUCAUUGUGCUGCCUAAUCUCUAAUCUGCCUAUUAUUGCCACAUGACAGCUGCAUUUGUUAAGAGCCACAGUAGAGAAGUAGAACAGUAAAUGUUUCUGAUGGCUGUUUUCCCAUAUUAUAAAUUGGGCCAAAUGAAAUGUAGAAUAGGAAAACAGACGAAUAAUUGGAAGACGACAAAAUUAGAUCCUAGUUCGUUUCUUUUCUGCCAUACUCAUAAUAAUGUGGCUGGCUGUCUACCUACUUGGCCUCUGUUCCUUUUCUCUUAGGGCAGUGUAGACCCCAUGUUGCAAUAUGUAUGUUGCUCUGCUAGCUGCUCAUGCUCAAUUCAAAGCAGACUCCUACUUCCACUAUUUGGUGCUUUUUCUUUCCUUUUAUAUUUUAAAAGUAUAUCACUUUACAUCAGCGCUGUGGAGUCGGUAGGCCAAACCUUUGACUCCAACUCCUCUAUUUUUCUACUGUCCGACUCCACCCAAAAUUGCUUCCGACUCCAUGACUCCAACUCCGACUCCACAGCCCUGGAAAGGGCUGUAAAUGUCUUUUUAAAUUGGAAGCUCUCGUAGGAGCAUUUUUAUCGCUGCCUGAAUAUGCGCUGAUCUUGGCAUCACAGCAUUUGUCUUCAUCUGGGUCCUGUGUCGUAUACUGACACACAAAAUGUUUUCCAUCUUGAGUUAUGGUGAAAUGCUCAACUACAGCUGACUUCAUGGGAAGCUUCUUUGACAUUGUGAAUUUAUAUUUUAAAAAAAUUGUCAAUCAAAAUUUAUUUUGAAGUCGGAGUCAGUACAUUUCUAUUGACUCCGACUCCACAGCCCUGCUUUACAUCUCAUUCAGUUAGAUUUAAUAUAUAGAAGGCUUACCUGUAUUUUUUUUUUAAUUACUAGAAACAAUGUCAUAUAAUUUUAACAGUUUGGAACAAGAAUUUCCUACAGCUCCUCCUCUGCUGUUUGAUUCCUGAAAUCUCAUUUGAGCAAGAAAUUACUGAAGGGAAAUGAGCACAAUUUCAAGGGUAUUUAAUGUUACAUUUGUAGCAGUCAGUGCGGAUGACAAACAGCAACAGUUAUUAUGCCUCGGAAGCUGGAGUCAUUGGCAGUAAUGCCCGACUGUGUAACUGAUCCUUGGAGUAAAUAAUAUUACCUUGAAUUUUGCUUGAAUUUCUUUCAAUAAAACUUUCUAAAGCAAAAUAGAGAGAGGGAAGGCAUUAACCUGGUAGAGGGAUGUAUUUGAGUUUGCCCUAACCUCUGAAGGUGCUCUUCCCACUGAGAGAUGCCAACUUCUGACCCAGGGAUGUUACCAUUUACUUUAACUGCUCCCAGACAGUAAGAUAUUAUGGCAGGAGCAGUGGCCCAUUCUAUUAUACUUCAUUACUGCUUGCUAUUAAGCAUAAACUGGAGUCCUGCUUGGGAUUGUGAAUAACAGGCAUGGUCUCUGGCCCAGCCGCUAGCACAUCUACACUUCACCCAAGCUCUUUUCAUACAUUACUCAAAGGUAGGAUAUAAUUAUGUUUACCUGGAGCAGGGCUAUGCUUUUACCCUGCCCCCAAUAUUAUGCCUCCUGCCUCAAACAACUUUACAGUUCUUUGAAAAGAAACCCCAGUGUGCAAGCUCUCACUUGUGUGUAGGGCCUUCAUGUAAUUGGGACAUCUGGCUGUGCAACCAUCCCAAUCACAUAAAGACCCCUACAUACAAGCAGAAGUGCACACGUUGGGGUUUUGUUCAUAAGUGGACAGUGCGUGGUUAUUUGAGGAAUGAGGCAUGACAUAGGGGCGGGACUAACAGUAUGCUCAUUUCAAGUUAACACAGUUAUGUCCUACAAAUAAAUAGCAAGUGAAUAGGGCUCCAGUAUUCAGCUGUACUCUCCUCACACCUCUGGGCUUUCCACAGUGUUUCCUGUUCUUCCUGUCUCUAUCCCAAAGAUAGAAUCCAUGUACUUAAUGCAUAAUAGCUUUUCUUAUAUAAGCUAAUCUGGCAGCAGUGAGUGAAAGAAAGUUACUUCAGUGGGUUUGGCUGCUAAAUGUAUUCAUCUGGGCUUCUGUUCUGUCCAGGAUCAUAAGAGCAGGGCAAUUUAAUUCAGAUACUUUCUUCAAUUAAUGGCCAGGGUGUCUGUCAGAUUGCUGAAGUCUUCAGGAAGGCAUUACAAUGUGACCCCUGCAUUGUGCGGAAUGCUGUAAUCCUGAUUCUGCAUAGUAAACAUUUAUCAGCAGCCCCAUUCUUAUAUGCUUAAUCUCGCUCUUUGCUCUCUUGCAGUGAGAGGAGAUGGUGUUGAAUAAGUUCCAGGAGCGUAGGCUCUUCUAACUCUAGAAACAAGCAAUUAAAAGUUUUGAAUCCCACUAAUAUAUGCCUUCAUUUGUAGUUUACAACAGUGAAUUUGACAGGCCAUGUUUUUUUAUUGAACCCAGUUAACGCUGUAAUGCUUGGCAUGGCCACAGCGACAACACAGUUAUUGCCAAAUUAUUUGUAGGCCAGAAAAUCAGACCUGGUUAUCAUAAUUGUCCCUGUAUAUCUGCAAAGCAUGGCUUUCUAUGUAUAAUAUGGAGGAGACACAACUAGCAAAUCCAGAGGGGUUUUUUUCUACUGCUUCCAACCCAGCAGAUAUCAUAUAGUGAUGUUGGAUGUUUCCAUAAACAGUUUUCAGAUAACCAGAUGACACUAGAAGUGGGUAUAAGACAAUUAAACAUAUUCUCCUUUUAAAUUCUUGUAUUUAUGUGUAUGAAAAUAUAAUGUUGUAAAUUCAGGUAUGCCUUUGACAUAUUUUGGUUUGGCAUAAUCUAGGAGGUAGGGGUGGGUGGGAGAGAGGCAGUGUCUCCAGAAGCCUGUAAUAAGAGCUCUGUCCCCACCCCGUCAGUACUGGUGGAUAGUCCAUAUUUGUUUUGUUACAGGAUAGAAACUGGGUUUUUUAUUUUCUCAAGAUUAUUUUGUAAAUAAUUUGCAUUUAUGACAGAGAGGCAUAGGAUCCACCCUUUCCCACCCUUUGCAACAAAGGCACAACGGAGACAUACAGUAUAUUUUCAAGGAAUAAGUUUUUGUUAAAGGUAUUAAAACUAAAUACAUGAUGACCACAUUGUGGGUUGUGGUUAGCUUUACAAAAUGUUGAUGUGAUACUGUUGAUUUAUAUGGAGAAGAUUGAUGGUGUUUGCAUUUGUUUGAUGAAGUUAAGUAAAAAGUGAUAUAAGAUUCCUCAGAUGGCCAACAAAGAGCAAGUCUCCAUCACUGAGAUGUCACUUGCAGAAUGCCCACCGACUCACUGAGUAUAAAUUCUACCUGUUCACUUUUCUUGGCUCAGACUAAUGCUUUGUCAAUCAUGAUACAGUCUUGUCUUGUUUCCAUAGCCUCUGGAUUUUGUGGAUAGCAUAACAAUCUAUUUUUAAAUGAAAUUGUAUCUAAAACAAUAUUCUGGGGAUGUCAGUGUCAGUUUUCUGUGACAGCACAGAAUUUCAUACUUUGAUAUAAAAUAAGGUGGCGGGAUUUUUGCAGAAUAAAAUCCAUUAGUAAAA